GGGGCCGACGGUUCGGCGGCCGCGCUGCAGAGGGCCAAGAUGGCGGCGGCGGCGGCCUCGCUUCGCGGAGCGGUGCUGGGCCCGCGGGGCGCGGGUCUCCCGGGCGCGCGUGCCCGGGGCCUGCUCUGCGGCGCGCGGCCCGCGCAGCUCCCGCUGCGGACGCCUCAGGCAGUGUCCUUGUCGUCGAAGGCUGGCGCUUCCCGCGGCCGAAAGGUGAUGCUGUCCGCGCUGGGCGUGCUGGCGGCAGGGGGUGCGGGGCUGGCCGUGGCUCUGCACUCGGCCGUGAGCGCCACUGACCUGGAGCUGCAUCCCCCCAGCUUCCCGUGGUCUCACCGCGGCCUGCUGUCUUCCUUGGACCACACCAGCAUCCGGAGGGGCUUCCAGGUGUACAAGCAGGUGUGCUCGUCCUGCCACAGCAUGGACUACGUGGCCUACCGCCACCUGGUGGGCGUGUGCUACACGGAGGAGGAAGCCAAGGCGCUGGCCGAGGAGGUGGAGGUCCAGGACGGCCCCAACGAGGACGGGGAGAUGUUCACGCGGCCCGGGAAGCUGUCGGACUACUUCCCCAAGCCGUACCCCAACCCCGAGGCUGCCAGAGCCGCCAACAACGGAGCCUUGCCCCCCGACCUCAGCUACAUCGUGCGCGCCAGGCACGGCGGCGAGGACUACGUCUUCUCCUUGCUCACGGGCUACUGCGAGCCGCCCACGGGGGUGUCGCUGAGAGAAGGCCUCUACUUCAACCCCUACUUCCCUGGCCAGGCCAUCGGCAUGGCCCCGCCCAUCUACACGGAAGUCCUGGAGUUUGACGACGGCACCCCGGCCACCAUGUCCCAGGUAGCCAAGGACGUGUGCACCUUCCUGCGCUGGGCAUCUGAGCCGGAACACGACCACCGCAAACGCAUGGGGCUCAAGAUGUUGAUGAUGGUGGGCUUGCUGCUGCCCCUCUUGUACGCCAUGAAGCGGCACAAGUGGUCAGUCCUCAAGAGUCGGAAGUUGGCGUAUCGGCCACCCAAGUGACCCUGUCCGGUGUGUGCUUGUCAUCUUGCCUGAAGAGGCCCUCGGGCCCAGGAGCUGUCCCCAGCCUGAGGAGGCUUCAGCUGGCCCCCCCGGCCACGCCCUCUUCAUCUGGGACAAGAGGGGAGGGGCGGGAGACCAGGGUGCAGCCUGGGGUCCUCGCAGCCUGGGGUCCUCGCGUCAGCCCCGUCACGGGAAUAAAUUAAUUAAAACUUGUCAGCGUA